CCUUGAAGUAGAACGCGUCCAGAUUUUCCGGUGUAAAGAGAGUGGAGGGGGAUUGCAAGAUCAGCUAGUGCCGCUUGGGAUGGAGAUGGAGUUUGACACAACUGAAGAUGCAGUCUUCCUUAACAGUUGGAUGGAGGGCGUACCAUAAAAUAUCACGGAAAGCUUUUGAUGCACUGGACUUGAAAGAGACGGUAACAAGCAGCUUCGGCUCGUUCGUUUCGGGGGUUAAAGCCGAACAACUCUCAGACCUGGUUCUGCACCGGAGUAAGCGCAUGAUCCUGGAUAACAUUGGAGUUGGGCUCCUGGGUAGCACCAGUCAUGUUUUUGACAUUUGUCUGAAUUACUGCCGGCAUAUGUUUGCCCAAGACCCGGUCAGCUCAGUGUAUGGACGUAGUGGUUUAAAACUUUCGCCUACUCUAGCUGCGUUUACCAAUGGAGUCGCGGUCCACUCCAUGGACUUCGACGACACUUGGCAUCCCGCCACUCACCCAUCGGGGGCUGUGCUGCCUGCUCUCCUGGCUGCCGCUCAGAUGCUGCCUGCGAACUCCAAACGCAGCGGUCUCGACUUGCUACUGGCCUUCAAUGUGGGUAUUGAAAUUCAAGGCCGGUUAAUGCGCUUCUCUCAGGAAGCACACAACAUCCCCAAGAGGUUCCACCCUCCGAGUGUUGUGGGGACAAUGGGUAGUGCUGCAGCUAUUGCUAAAUUUCUGAAAUUUAAUUCCAACCAAUGUAUUAAUGCCCUGGCUAUUGCGGCUUCAUUUGCAGGGGCACCAAUGGCCAAUGCAGCUACCCAGGCAAAACCCAUCCAUAUUGGCAAUGCUGCACGGCUAGGCUUUGAGGCAGCUCUCCUGGCUUCUAAAGGAAUGGAGGGUAGUGCUACAAUUCUAGAUGAUACCCCUGGCUGUUUUGGGUUUUCUGCUUUCUAUGGUGAUUAUCAACCUCAAGAGAUACCACCUCUCGAGCAGACAUGCUUCUUGCUAGAAGAGCAAGACAUGGCAUUUAAGCGCUUCCCAGCACAUCUGGGCAUGCACUGGGUGGUCGAUGCUGCUAUCUCUGUGAGGCAAUUAGCGACUCUCAAUGAAGGUGCUUUCUCCCCUUCCAUGAUCGAGAAGAUCAUUCUGCGAGUCCCUGCUUCACGCUACAUCAACAGACCGUUCCCAAAGACGGAACACGAGGCUCGUCAUUCCUUCCAGUUCAAUGCCUGCUCUGCAUUGUUGGAUGGAGAUGUGAGCAUUGACUCAUUCAGUGAAAGCAAACUGCAGCGAGCUAAUCUCAGUGAGCUACUGAACAAAGUGGAGCUUCAGCAUCCUGAAGAUAACUUGGCCAACUUUGAGAAGAUGUAUGGAGAAGUAGUUUUGGUCCUGAAGAACAAUGAUAUUCUCUGUGGAAGAUGUGACACCUUUUACGGACAUUGGCGAAACCCUCUGUCUAGAGAAUCCCUGGUCAAGAAAUUCAAAAAUAAUGCAUCAUAUGUGCUGCAGCAGGACAAUAUAGAAGCUAUCAUUGAAUCAGUUGAAAACCUUGAAAAUAUGAAAGAUUGUUCCAUGUUAAGUUCUUAUUUGGAGUGAAAAAGAUUAAUUUUUACAGAUUUCUAAGAGUGAUUUUAGCAUGCAAUUCAUGGGUGAAAUGUAAUCUGUGCUGAAAUGAUUGAAACUUCUGGUGUCACUGAGUGUAAAAUUGAUGGCAUCAACAGUGUGGAGGUGCAACUCAGGGAACUCGAUUCCACUGAGCGAAGGGGCCUGAUUAUUACAAAGGAAACAGAAGCAGAGUCUUUGUAUAUAUUCUUAACACAUCAAACUGGGCAGGAAUACUGAGUUGUGGUUAGUGAGAUAACACACGCACUGCCUCUUUGGAAAUCCCACCACUUCUGUGACAAUAGUAGCCUUGCUGCCAUCCCAGCCUGAUAAUGGUUUGCAUUCAUACUGUAAGGUGCAUCACCGUCCAUAUUCAGUAUAUAGUCCAUGUUUUAAUAGGGAAUUGGCUAAUAGUUGCGUAGUGUUUAACACAACACUUCACAGCAUCAGCGACCCAGUUUCAAUUCCCGCCGCUGUCUGUAAGAUGUUCUUGCAUUCUCCCCAUGACCACAUGGGUUUCCUCUGGGUACCCCCACAGUCCAAAGACUUACUGACUGGUUAGUAGGCUAAUUGGUCAUUAUAAAUUGUUCCAUAAUUAAGAUAUGGUUAAAUCAGGGGCUGCUGGGUGGCAUGUGCUGAAGGGGCAGAAGGGCCUACUCCAUGCUUGACACAAAUAAAUAAAUAGAUAAUAUCUGUAAUCUGUCCAUUCUCAAAAGAUGUGGUUUCUAUUGGCCUAAAGAAAUAGCAAAUUUGGAAUUCUUAGAACACCCACGGCCAACACUAGAUAUACGUACUUUCUACCACUAUGAAUAUAUCCUUAACUGUCCUUCAAUUGGAAGGUGGAAAAACCAAGUGAAUUCGGAUUACGCUGAAAAUAAUUGCUCACUUUCAAACUUGAAAGCUAAUCUUAGCACAAGAGCUUCGAGUAUUGUAUUUGUAAAUUGUUUUCCUGAAUCAACAUGCUGAUAAUAAAGAUGGUAA